UUGAGACAGCCCUGUCGGUUUAAACCGGGUGGACACCCAUACCGACUUCUCAAUGCAAAAAAUAAAAGGGUAGCUAGAAGCUGGGGCGAGGGGAACGGAGGUAAAGCGAACGCUCUCGGUCGGUCGGUCUCUCUCUCUCUCUCUCUCUCUCUCCCUCUCUCUCUCUCUCUCUCUCUCCUCUCGUUUUUAUUACAUGAAUGAAUGAAUUGAGUAGUAAGGGGCACGUACAAGGAAACACGCCUCCGUCCGGACGACCAAAACGCGUUUGAUAUUUGACUUGUGUUCAAUGGUACGUGUUUGCAUCUGUACAUUUUCGGCGAACACCAGAGUAGGACGUCUCAUCCCGUCGUUUGAAACACUUCUGAAGGCGUAGCAGCUGAAAGUCCUCGCGGUGAACAUGGCAACUUUAACGAACGGACAGGUGGACGCCGCGGUGCACGGAGGAGCGGCCAGUACGAACGGGCUCGUGAACGGAAUAAGCCACACGCACAGUCCCGCGAGCUGCGCCACCAUUCCCAUGAAGGACCACGAUGCCAUCAAACUGUUCAUCGGACAGAUACCCCGCAACCUGGACGAGAAGGACCUCCGGCCGCUCUUCGAGGAAUUUGGCAAGAUCUACGAGCUCACCGUGCUGAAAGACCGCUUCACUGGCAUGCACAAAGGCUGUGCCUUCCUCACAUACUGUGCAAGAGAAUCGGCGCUAAAAGCUCAGACCGCGCUCCACGAGCAGAAGACGCUACCUGGGAUGAACAGGCCAAUCCAGGUGAAGCCAGCUGACAGUGAGAGCAGGGGAGAAGACAGAAAACUCUUCGUUGGCAUGCUGAAUAAGCAACAAUGUGAGGACGACGUGCGGCACCUUUUUGAGUCCUUCGGGAGCAUUGAGGAGUGCACCAUCCUCAGAGGUCCUGAUGGAAACAGCAAAGGUUGUGCGUUUGUGAAGUAUUCCACUCAUGCAGAAGCUCAGGCCGCUAUCAGUGCUUUACACGGCAGCCAAACCAUGCCUGGCGCUUCUUCCAGCCUGGUGGUGAAGUUUGCAGACACAGAUAAGGAACGGACCGUUCGACGCAUGCAGCAGAUGGCCGGUCAGAUGGGCAUCUUCAAUCCAAUGGCCCUGCAGUUUGGAGCGUACGGCGCCUAUGCACAGGUUCAACAGCAGGCAGCACUGAUGGCAUCAGUGGGUCAGGGAGGAUAUCUCAGCCCUAUGGCGGCUUUUGCAGCCGCACAGAUGCAACACAUGGCCACCAUCAACGGCCUCCCAGGGGCUCCCAUGACCCCAACAUCAGGUGGAAGCACGCCCCCUGGCAUCACAGCUCCCACGGUGACCAGCAUUCCAUCUCCAAUUAGUGUCAACGGUUUCACAGGGCUGCCUCCUCCUCAGGCCAACGGCCAGGCCCCAGCGGAGGCCAUGUUUACCAAUGGGAUCCAUCCUUACCCAGUUUUGCAGGAAGUGGUGUUUAGGGAAGACUCGGAGAAGGGCGGCCUGGGCGUGGCACAGAGAAGUUGUUUUGGGGUUCAGGGAAGCUGCUUCCUGUCGUCUCUCUCAGAAGCUCAGAGUCCCACUGCAGCAGACCCCCUACAGCAGGCCUACGCUGGAGUCCAACAAUAUGCAGCAGCCUUCCCCGCUGCAUAUGGACAGAUCAGCCAGGCCUUUCCCCAGCCGCCUCCCAUCAUCCCUCAGCAACAGAGAGAAGGGCCGGAGGGCUGUAACCUGUUUAUUUAUCACCUCCCUCAGGAGUUUGGGGACGGCGAGCUGAUGCAGAUGUUCCUGCCUUUCGGUAAUGUCAUCUCCUCCAAAGUGUUUGUGGAUCGGGCGACAAACCAAAGUAAAUGCUUUGGUGGGUAAAAAUGAUAAGACACCUGUGAAGAUUAUUCUCAUUCCUA